CAUCGGGGCCUUCCCGCUGUCCCGGCUCCUUCCCAGCCGGGCGGGCAGUCCCCUGCGGCUGCCGGGGAAGGAGGAGGAGGUGGCCCAGGGCUGGGCUGCCAUGGGGUGGCGGCUGUGGGGGCUGCUGGCGCUGGUGUGUGGGGCGGUAGCGUUGUCGCCGUCCCCUCCAGUCGCCCCGCUGCUGUGUAACGUCAGCCUGGACAGCCCGCCCGAGCAGCGCUGGCUGCCGCUGCUCCGACAUUUCGAGCCCGGCUUCUUGCGCGCUGCCGUGGCACGGAUCAUCGGUGAAACUGUACCCAAAUGGGUCCACCAGGUUAUCCGGCCUCUAGCAGCAGAACUGAAGCUGUUCAUGCCGCAGCCUUUCAUGGGGGAAAUCCUGGGGCUGUGCCAGGCUCUGGGAAUAAGCCUGGGAGAUGGAGUCCUGCUGAACCUCGCCUAUGAAUCCACAGCGUUCUGCACUAGUAUUGUUGCUCAGGAUGACAAAGGAAACAUCUACCAUGGUCGGAACCUGGAUUAUGAUUUUGUUGAUAUACUGCACAAGAUCACAAUUGAUGUGCAGUUCAUCAAAAGUGGGCAGGUGGCAUAUCAAGGCACCACGUUCUUUGGUUAUGUAGGGUUAUGGACUGGACAAAGCCCCCACAAGUUCACAGUCUCUGGUGAUGAACGAGCAGGUGGUAGAUGGUGGGAAAAUGCAGUAGCUGCCUUUCUGAACAGGAAUUACCCCGUCAGCUGGCUUGUCAGAGAUACCCUGAGCAGAGCAGAGGACUUUCAGUCAGCUGUUCUCAGACUAGCAGGGAUUCCUAUCAUUGCUGAAGUUUACUAUAUUGUAGGAGGUGUCUUGCCCAAAGAAGGCAUGGUCAUAACAAGGAACAGGAGAGGCCCAGCAGAUCUCUGGCCUCUGGAUCCUUUAGGUGGAGCGUGGUUUCGUGUGGAGACCAACUAUGACCAUUGGACCACCCCUCCUCCUUCUGAUGAUCGGAGAACUGCAGCCACCAAAGCUCUGAAUGCUACUGGACAACAGAACAUAAAUUUUGAUACACUCUUUAAGGUGUUGUCAGUGAAGCCAGUCUUAAACAAUAACACAGUGUAUACCACAGUGAUGAGUGCUGCACUUCCAGGGAAGUACCAGACCUGGAUCAGAACUGGGAUGUGAAGAGCUCAGACAAAAUGAGUGAAGCUGAAGCUUUUUGAGGCUACACGUGCUUUUAAAGUCACUCACAAGCAGUCCACUUGUUUUGACUUACUUCCUGAAUGGUUCACAUAAUUAAUAACUUGAUAGUUCUUUGAAAUGUUCCAGGUGAUACUGUUAAUUAACUAAUGGGUGUUUGGUUGAUUUUAUUGUAAUUACAUUUGUCUUCUAUCAUGUUGGUGGCUAAAAAUUGCUUUUAAUGUUUUUGGAAAGAGUUGUGCAACUCAAAUGUAUUUAUAUGCUGACUAAUAAAAAAUAUAUUUUUGUGUAGCCUGUAGGUCUGAAUGUAAUUAAAUAAAAAUACACAGUUAAUUUGGUUGAUUUAUGAAAA